AUGCCUUUAUUUGAAGCACUUGAGCAAAUGCCCAUGUACCAAAAAUUCAUGAAAGAGGUAAUCUCUAGAAAGAGACCAAUAGGAGAUGGGUCGGUAACCGUUAAUGAAAAAUAUAAUGCUAUAUCACCGAGUGGGAGAAUCUCGAUCAAGCAGAAGGAUCUUGGAUCUGUUACAGUCUCAUGCAAUAUAAAAGACAGAACUUUCAAGAAGAUACUUAUUGAUUCAGGAGCUAGUGUGAGUCUGAUGCCAUUGUCAAUCUAUCAAAGGAUUGGUAUUGGUAAAGUGAGUGAUACAUGGACAAACUUGAAAUUUGCAUAUCAUUCCAUAAAGAAUGCAUGUGGGAUAGAGGAAGACGUAUUGGUGAUAAUAGAGGAAUUUAGCUUUCAUGUUGAUUUUGUGAUCAUGGACAUACCUGGAGAUAAUGAGACACCUAUCAUUUUGGGUCGCCCAUUCAUGCAGACAAGUCGAUGCAAUUUGGAUAUAGAACAUGGUACACUGACUUUAAAAACUUAUGUUGAUGAAAUAACCUUGAAUGUGCUUGAAAACAGGAAUCUAGAGGUAGAAAAAGAAAAUCAAUAUCAAGUAGGCAUGAUCAAGACAAAUGUGAAAGGCAAAAGUAACAUGCCUACAUCAUAA